AUGCUAUCGUCGGCAGCCGCUGGAUGCUCAUACCCUCAUCUCCCUGACACUCGAUGCUGCCCUUCUCAACUAGACCAUGAACAAGCAGAGCAGAAAGCACAAAGACCACAUGAACAAUAUGUGACGACGCCAACACCAACGGCUCCCAGUUGCCCACCCGAGCCGAUCGUCACAGGCGGCAUACAGCCAUCGUUGCAGCCGUCGUCUCAGCACUGCCCAUACUACCAGGAUCAUUUGUGGCGUUCUACUCCUCAAAUGCCAUUGGCAUCACUCAGGGCUACACAACGGAACUCUGGGCUGGAUAAACUGGACGAAACAUCUCCGAACACAAGCUGCAAAGAGUCGGCGUCAGCGUCUACCGCCCACACCCAUGUCACCGCUGAUGCCAACAUUGCGUCUUCAAGACUACCAGGUUACUGCAGUCCGAGGGAUGGCCGGUCGAGAGGGUUCAGCCCUGCACGUGGACUCUACGGGAAAGACAGAGACAGAGACAUAACUGCCCAGGAGAUGCUUCUUUAUGUCCCCCAUGCGACGGAAGAACAUAUGGUGGUGGCCCAGGAUUACAGUCUCCGGCUCGAGCUAGGCGCAGGCGAAAGGGUCACAGACGAGACGCAGCGGCGAGGGCAUAUUGAACAAGCAACCACCCGCACAACCAAGUAUAGCCUCAGGAUUGGUCCGGCGACUGCUUGGGAUCGACGAUGGGAGCGCUCACGCUUCAUCCUUGUUGGCGACGACCCUGUCCGACUCAAGUUCUAG